AUUUUGAAUCUUUAAUUUUUACAGAAAUCAAAUACAAAUGUUAGCAUUUCCAAGUUAUUAAAUACUUGCACGAGUGAACAUAAAUGUAAUCGUGAAUAAUUAUAUAAUCAUCAUUUUAUCAUCAUUAAAACUGCACAGUAUUUUAACGUUUGAAUUAAGGAAUUACAAUAUUGGGAAACACGUAAAUAUUUCUUAUUAGAAAAGCUGCUGUAAUUUCUUUUCUUGACAAGUUUCAAAUUAAACAAAUAGAAACUUUUCCAGCAUUUUAAGAGAUAAAAUUUUUUUUUAGUUGAAAACGCUCUUUGUCAAAGUCUCUUUGAGAUAUUCAAUGUGUGUAUACACAAAAUGAUUAAUAAAGGAUUGGAGACGUAUCGUACAUACGAGCGUUUUCUACGGACUCUACUCAAGUUCUGUGGCUGUUGGUACAUGCCCACAAAAUCCGGCAAAUCCACGUAUUGGUGGUCCAUUUGCGUGAUUUUGUUGAUGAUUAUAUACUUCAUAUUAAGCACACAUAACAGUUAUGUGCUGAGACAUAAUUUAGUAUAUAUGAUGAAAUUCGUAGGCAUAGCAAUAUCUGCAAUCGGUGCCGUUCUCAAGGUGUCAACUUUCCUGGUGAACCGCCGGUCUCUGAUGAAUUAUCACCGGACGCUAAAUGAUGUUUUCGAAGAGGAGCUUGUGCGAAACGAGAAAAUCCAGACGAUAAUGUUUUCGUCCCUGCCUACAAUGUGCAUCUUGACGUACACAUACGCCGCCGUCAUAUUAUCAUUGUUCUUGGCAUUUUAUAUGCCUGCAUAUUUAUUCAUAAUCCGCGGCCUCUGUCACUUUCAUUUAACCACGAAUUACACCCUACCACUCGCAAGGGGAAUCGCACAUUUCUGGACCGUUCCCGACAACUUUUUGUAUCAUUUUCAUCUAUUUUUUGAAACGGUCCUAGUGAUAUUCAGCAGCUCGACGGCGUGCACCAUUGACGGUACCUUUGGCUUGUAUGUUUAUCAGUUUGCCUCAACGAUGAACGCCAUGACCUUCAGGCUUGUGAAUCCUUUGUCCACCGACAACUUGUCAGACCUUCUAAGGACGUGUAUAAUAAAGCAUCAGAAGUUACUGCAAUGCCGCGAUAUCCUGGAACACAUUUAUGGAAGAAUUAUUUUCUGGCACAUCGUCACCAACGCAAUUCUUCUUUGCUCAUUGAUGUACGAGAUAACAACGACCUUGACCAUGGACGUUAACUCCAUCACCACCUUUCUGACAUACGCUUUAGUAAAACUGCUUCAAACUUUUAUAUACGCAUGGUGUGGUACCGUCCUCACAAAUGCGGGCGAUGAUUUCCGUAAAGGAAUAUAUUUUGGCGGAUGGCCCAAUUCUGAUCUCGAUUGUCACUUGAGAACAAAGGUUAUUCUGAUGAUGAUGCAAAAGCCGAUGACUAUAAACGCAUUUGUCUCUCCCGUUGAUAUAGCUAUGUUCACUCGUUCCGUGAAUACUACGAUGUCCUAUUACUUCCUCUUGCAAUCUAUUGGUGAUAAAGGCUAACGGCUACGAAUGUUUUAUAAACUUUGGCAAACUUGUAAACUUGUUAAAUUAUUGACAGAUUAUUUUAAUUAAGAAAGUAUGGUAAAUAUUUAGAUUAGGUCAUUUGCGGGUGCUGACCUAAUCUAAAUAUUUACCGAAACUCUUGCACCAUUAAUAUCUUUUAUCAUUACUCUAUUAGAGCUUAGGCCCAGUGAGAAAUAAUUCGUCAAACGACAUCGACAUGAAUUUAACGGUAUCGAUGUUGAUUCGACAUCGUUUCGACAUCGAUCGACGAGUCAUUUCUCGCUGGGAAUCUAUAUUGAAACAAUAACAUAUUAUAACAUUACUGGU